CACGGUACCUUGUAUACUUCUUACCGGGCAAUCCAGGCCUGAUUGAGUUCUAUAAGGCGUUCCUUGAAGCCCUUCACCUCCAGUUGUCUGAACGCAUCGCUUCAUCCGAGCAGUAUCUCCGCGUUGACGUGUUAGGGGUCACUUUAGCCGGCUUCGAGUGCGGGCCUCUGAAAAAUGAAGAUGUGGGUACUGUCAGCGCUUUGCGAAAGCAAUGAGGUGGAUCUUCCCCGCGGGAUCUGACAGCUGACUGCUGAUUGCAGAAAUCGAGAAAGACGAAAAGCAUGCCACUCGACAUUGACGGCCAAUUGGACUUUGUCGAGAGCUUCCUCAAGGACCAUGCUGGGCCCGAUACUCGAGUGAUUCUGAUGGGGCACUCCUUGGGCGCAUAUCUCAUAAUGGAAAUGCUCAGAAGGCGCCGCACGCACCUUGGCCCACUGGCUUCAUCCGUGGUGGGUGCCAUUGGGCUAUUCCCGGCCGUGGUCCAUUUGGCACAGAGUGCGGGUGGUCGACGUAUUCAGCGUCUCCUCGAUGUACCUUGUCUUGCAUUGUUCGUCAUGCUUGUAGUCCGCAUUGUCGGUCUGUUGCCUACUAGGAUAUUACAACAUGCUCUCAAGACAUUGUUGGGCUACCCCGAGCAUUCUGCUACAACGACUGUGCAUUGGUUGCAGAGUCCCUGGGGCUUUCCAGAAAGCAUACACCUUCUCCGAGAAGAACUUAGCCGCAUCACCGCAGAUGCCUGGGACGACCAGGUGUGGGAGUCCCGAGUUCACCUUCUCUUUGGAGAACGCGAUGAAUACGUGCCGAACUUCCACCGAGAUGCUCUUAUUUCAGCCCGAAAUCACCAAGUUGCUGGACAAGUGAGUGACUUGACGCAUGGGAGCGAUUGGGCAGUAGCACCUUGCAUGGAAUUCGCUGCGACAGGUAUCCCACACGACUUUAGCAUCAGACAUAGUGGACCGGUUGCGGAGCGGGCCGCAGAUUGGGUGAUUGGAAUGAUCGGCCCGGCCAGAACCCGAUAAACUCGGGGAAAGCAGCCUAAUUAGGUAGGCAGUAGUGGAGGAAGAAGGUCAAACUAUUUCCUUUAGUACAUGUUGAUCCUGUAGGAUCUGAGGGGCCGUGGUGUUGUUCCAGUCUAUGGGUACUCAACGUACGAUUUCGACGACCGCAGUUUACGUAUUGCGUAUUUGCCCACACUGCAUAUGUACGUGUAAAUUACAUAUGCACGUCGAAA